AUGCCACGUUUCCACGGAAAAGUAGCAAUCAUUACAGGUUCUUCGUCUAAAAUUGAAGCCGCAACAGCUGUAUUCUUCGCUAAGGAAGGAGCUAAAGUUACGAUCACAGGGAGAAAACAGCAUGGCCUUGAGUUCUACGCAUCUUAUGCCAGAAAUCCCUUCGAAGUGCCUAGCGGCAGAAUUGCUGAUCCAUCAGAAAUCGCAACGGUUAUCGCUUUUCUGGCUGACGAAGUCCAGUCAUCUUGCAUUGUCGGCCAAACAAUCGUCGCCGAUGGUGGCAACUUAAUUGUUCUAGCUUCAAAUGCUGAUGUACCUGUGAAAAAGACAACACAGUUCUGA